AUGCAGCUAGAUGAAGAUGAAACUCUCGAGAAUUGUCGGCUCAAAAGCCGUAGGACCUUUUACCCAUUUGAUCAAAAUCAACGCGAAGAGAUUUCGAAGGAGAAUUUCAGCGAGCAUGAUGACAAGGACAAACUCUGUGCCAGUUUGCAUGAUGAAGUGAGCGACAAGAGCCUUCGGCGCGUGUGGAGCAGUUUGAGCGGUCUUUGGAUGGUUCAUGGCAAGCUGCCGCCCAGAGAACAGCCUUUUCAAGAAAGGCAGUUCGGCCUCAUGCCAAGGUCGCGAGAGGCGGGCGGCAAUGUCUUGGCCAGGCACGACAUUGCGGCCAUUUGCUGCAAAGGGUGCAAAGGUCACGACAGCUCCCCCGGACAGGACAACUUCAGUUGUGCCCGGCUGGCGGGAGGCUUCCGCUUGCACACCAUAGCGGAUGGCCAUGGACAAGAUGGCCAUUGGGUCUCAGAUCGUGUAGUGCGACUUCUGCCCUAUUUCAUGAGCUCCAGAGAUUGCCGGCAAAUGUUACGGAGCGGCGAGGUGGAAGCUGCUUUGAUCUCUUCCUUCGAGCGCAUGCAAGAUGACCUCAUCUCUGCUUCAAUGGCAGAGGAUGUGAACUUGCUGCUGUCAGGGACUACUGCAGUAUGCAUCCUUCGGCAGAUACAUAGCCCGUUGGUUUGGGUUGCCAGUGUCGGGGACUCGCGUUGCAUCCACAUCUGCAAAGAUGGGACGGUCUCAUUCUCGACGAAAGACCAUAAGCCCUGCAAUCCUUCUGAGCGGGCGCGGGUGCUCGAGAGCGGCUGCGAAGUCACAUCCUGCGAUGCUGACAACGGCGAGCUGCUGGAGAAAGUUGUCAUCAAGGGCGAGCGUGGCAGAGCGCCAGAACUUGGAUUCACCCGGUCUUUGGGCGAUCUAAUGUACAAGAAAUACGGAGUUAUCGCCAAACCCGAAGUCUUUUGCCUGGAGAAGGAGUUGAAAGACGGCAUGGGCCACUUCCUCCUUGCCAGUGACGGAAUUUGGGAAUUCAUGAAGAACGAGGACGUCGCUGAGAUCGUUCAUCGCAGAUUGCAGGAAGGCACGCCCAAGGAAUUGGUCGUAAAGCAACUUGCAGAGGAAGCGCAGUCCAAGUGGAAGGAGGAGGACGACGAGUAUUGUGAUGAUAUUUCCGUCAUCCUGGUCGCGGCCGCAGAGCUUGCUGCACAGGGUUGGUGCCUGCAUUUCAGAAGACUGCUGCUCCGCCAGCCCCAGAUGACAGUUGCUUUGGAGGCAUGGUCGAGUUCGCCUAAGGUCGAGAAAAGGCUGGCCGAGCUCCGAAAGAAGACCGCCUGCGGAGGGCUGGCAGCCGAGACAGACUCCGAUUCAGAUGAGGACAAAGCGCCUUCGGUUCCCUCCAUCGUUACGGAGGUUCAGGCGGCCAUGCAGAGCUACAAGCAGUCGAGAGGAGUUCAGGAGCACAGCUGCGCGAUCAUCCGAAACUUGGCGUGCUCCGAUGAGUGGCUGAGCUACAUCGAGCACAUCGAUGGCACGGGGCUAGUGCUGGCGGCUCUCGAGAGAUUCAAGCUGGCACACUUGGUGCAGGAGCAAGGCCUGGGCGCGAUCAGCAAUCUUGCGAGCAAGAGCCAGCAGAGGGGAAGGCUCAAUGGUGCAAUGUCCUUGGUGCAGACCGCCCUCAUCGAGCAUUCCGACAAAGCAGGUGCUUGCGCCCAAGCGUGCGCAGCGCUGUGGAACCUGGUAGCAGAUCACAAGGAAAACCAGGCUUUAGUGGAUCAGCUGCAAAUUACGCAGAAAGUGUGUGAGGCAAUAGAGGUGCACCUAGCGGACGAAGAAGUGCUGGAAAACGCGUUUGGGGCGAUCAGCAACUUCACUUCCUUCAAUUUGAGCAACAAGCAGGCAGUGGUGGACGUGAAUGGGGCCGGCAGCAUCUGCCGCGGCAUGCAGGAACACCUCACCGCCACGCCCGUCCAGCGCCAGGGCUGCGCGGCGCUGUGGAGCCUUGCGGCGAACAGCGAGGCGGCUCAGGCCGCUCUUUUCGAGGCCAAGGCCCUUUCCACAGUCUGCCGUGCUAUGGGCUCCGAGCCUAUGGAUCCGAAUCUUCAAGAGAACGGCUGUGGGCUGGUGCGGAAUCUCACCGUGAGCAACGAAGACUGUAAGGUGCAGGCCAUUCAAGUGGGAUGUGCCGAGAAGGUCUGUGCUGCCUUGGCUCGGCACGAAGACGUUCGCGUGCGGAGACAAGGAUGCGGCGCGCUGUUGAACAUGGCGUCAGUGCAGCCAGAACAUGUCGAGGAAUGCCAUCAUGCAAUUGUUCAGCUCGAUGGUGUCAGCCGACUUUGCCUGGCGAUCUCUAGCCACCUCAAGGAGGUCUCUGUUGUUGAGCCAGCUUGCGGGGCGCUCCGAGCCUUGGCUUCUGGCGCGCAGGCUGGGACCCAUGGUCCACGCGAGAAGAUCUUGCUACACGACGAGUUAGUGCCUCACGUCAUACGUGCGUCUUUUGUAAACCUGGAAUUCAACCUUGUGCAGCGUCAUUGUCUCGAGGCUUUGCGCCACGUGUGUGACUGGGAAUCUGGAGCCGCAGAAGUCAAUGCAGCCCGAGGCGCGCUGGCUACAUGCAGAGCCAUGGCAGUGGCAGGACCCAGUGGUGCAGGAGCGCGGGUGCGGGAUCUUGAAAGGCCCGGCGGUGUCAAGGAUGGCCCUGCCUCAGUUGUCUCUGCUGGAGGGUUGGCGCGGAUUGCCGCGGCCCUACGCAGCUUCCGGGAAGAGCGGGGCCUGCAGCUGUCGGCUUUCGAGGCCUUGUUGGCGAUGUCCAAGGAAGCUGCUCAAGAUGUGGAGGCCUCUGGCUGCCGUCAAGCGAUGCUGCUGUCCAUGCCGCAUCAGGACUUUCCGUUGCUCGUGGUGGGCUGCGGGGUGUUGCGCAACCUGGCCCUGGGUGAUGUCGCCGCCGUGCAGGAAGCUCGGCAGCUGCUGACAAGUUACCUGGACAACUUCCCAGACGAGGUGGACUUGCUCGUAGCAAGCUUGAACGCUCUGGCUGAGAUCUGCAUUCUGGAAGGGCCCAACGAUGCUGAUGCGACGCUGACAGCGGCCGUUUCCUCCGCGUUGGUCGCACAUAAGAAGGUGGCCAGGGUGCAGGCUGCUGGACUCAAUGUUUUCCGGGCGAUGGCGGUCAUAGGCAACCAGUCCCUUGAUGCCGCCUUGGAGGCCCGCUGCAUUGAACGAGCACGCCUGGCCUUCACCGAUCACAGGGGGGACGAGGCUGUGCAAGCCAGAGGUUGCGAACUUCUUCGACGCGUAGCUGCAUCAGCCGCAAACUUACGUGACAGCAUCGUCGAAGCCGGGCUCUUCGCUUUGAUCACGGAGGCGCAGGAGAAUUGCAAAGACAACCCAGAGGUUUGCCGACAGAGCAUCCAUGCUACAGCGACCUUGCUGGGCUUCAUGUCCUCAACACAGAGCCGUCAGGAGGAGCGGAUGCGCAUGAUGAAGCAGAGUGCUGCCAAAGCCAAAGCUGCGGCUGCGCAGAAGGGCGCAGCGGCGGCCCAUGGGAAGCUGGUCAAAGAAACCGACCUGACGGAAUUUGUGACUGGCGUACAAAAGCUGAUGCUGCACCACAAGAACAGCAGCUUGUUCUUGCAGGAUGCAUGCCAUGUGCUGCACAGUCUCGCGGACAACUCGGAUGAUGGCCGCAAGGCAGUGCAUGCAGCAAGCGUUCUGGACACAGUGAUUGCCGCACUCAAGCAACACCGGCGCUGCGAAUCAGUGACCUUCCACGGAUUGCGCACGCUGUGGAGCCUCCUGACAGGGACCGCAGUCAUUCGCGAGGCGGGCGCCGUGGAGUUUGCCGGCGCGGCUUUGUCCAAAUUUCCGAACUCCGCUCCGGUGCAGAGUGCCGCGCUGCUUGUGGUGAAUCGCACCUGUGUGAAGAACACAGAGGUGAAGCAGAUGUACCUGGAGGCCGGGCUCAUCCCAAGCAUCCAGCGGCUCCAGGCGGAGGCGCCCAGCACGUUCCUCCGCGGCCGCUGCCUGGCGACGCUUGCCAACCUCGCCAGCAACUUCCCGGAGGCGGCAGAGCAGAUGAGGGCGCUUGGGGUCGUGGAGGCGGUGGUAGACAGGCUGUGCACCGAUGAAGACGAGCAGAUCUUGUGCCGAUGCCUGCAGCUUUUGUGGGCCUUCCUUCGCAGCAGCAGGAACAAGCAGCACCACGAGAAGAUCGGCACGAUGAAGGUUCUGGACGCCGUGCUGCGUGCGGUAGACGCCAAUCCCAAGAAUGAGAACCUCCAGGCGCCAGCCCUGGGCUUCCUUUGGAACUUUGGAUGCCUCAGCAAGGAGCGGACCGAGUGGUUGCAACAAAGAGGAGCCGUUCAGAAGGUGUGUUUGUGUUUGGACAGCUUCUCAGACAGCCCCACGGUCCAGCGGCAUGGGCUGGAGCUGCUCAGGUGCUUGAGCUGCCCCGCAGAGUUCCGCACGGAGGUCUACGAGGCCAAGGCGGUGGACUUGGCCAAGGCGGCGCUCUUCACCUUCCGCCGCAUGGCGCAGGUGGCCUGCGCCGCCGUGGGGCUGCUGGGGAACCUGGCCUGCGGAGGCGUGCAGUUCAAGCGGGAGAUGUUCGAGCAGGAUGUGCCUAAGGAAGUCCUGGCAGCGAUGGAGGAGCAUGCCAGAGACGCGGGGGUGCAGGCCUUGGGGUCCUGGGCGCUGGGGAAUUUGGUCGGGGUCAGCCGGAAGCGCGCGCGGGAGCUCUUUGAGCUGGGGGGUAAAGACCGGGUCUUCCUGGCGAUGUCGGAGCACACCUUGAACGACAGCAUCAAGAUGUAUGGCACCUCCAUUGUGCGAAGGCUGGAGCUGGUGCAAGAUCUGACACAGAACUCGGCAAACAUGGAGGAGGACGACGAGCCUGAAAAGUUUGAGGCAAAGAGCUUUGCAGAUCUGGACAAGGAUGAGAGUGACUCUGAAAGCGAUAGCGAAAUCUCUGAUGACGAGGAUCCAGAACUCAAAGCCAAAAUCAGAGCGUUGGCGCAACAGACAAGGGACGACGGUGCUGAGGAGCAACCCGCACACCGCGGACCCAGAUCGGGCGUCAAAUUCCACUCCAAUGACUAG